AUCAUCUUGGUGGGUGGUACCCUCUCUGCAGUGGUAGUACGGAGUACCUGACCACCCCGUGCUCGGAUCCCUGGCUAAGUACUAGUGCCUGGGUACUUACUCAAGUACCUGAGGGUGGAGGCACGGCCAACAAGUCACAGGUCUCACCUGUCGAAAUGCGACUUGCACCUGCCACUCAAGGGCCCGGCCCCGGCCCCGGUCCGUCCCCUUCAUCAGCCAAGUGCCAGUCACGCAGGGCUGGUCGCUCAAAAGCAAACUUCCCGCCUUGCCCUCUGUCUCCUUCGCCCUGUCACUCGGUCCUCCGUGCUGCAACAACUUCACGCUUGACUUAUCCCAAAACCCAAGAACCCUCUCCCUCCCAACGGGCCGCCCCUGAUCGGUCACCAAUCCCACUCGGCCAGACCACCUCCUCUCCAUCGCACCUCCCUCGAGAUACCAGCGCCACCGCACACCUCCUCGCGUCUGACCGCAGUCUUGACCUCCCACCGGCUGCUGUGGUCUGCCAGCUCCAGACCAAGACAUAAUACGACACACGACGCAAUCACCUCCUCUUGACUACUAGUGCUAGCUACCUUGUUUGAUCAUCAAUACCGACAUCACUCUUCUGCGCACCGCCGACUGCGACCGCCCGACCGCCCGCGAGACUACCGCCGAGACUACCGGCCGUCUUGACCGCAGAACACACUCUCCAACGCACCCGUCCCUGCGGCCACGCACCCGACGCCACCUUCUCUACCAACGCCCCCAUCGGCCAGGAUGAAGGGUCGUCCGGUCGACCAGCUCGUUUACGAGCAGAUGUUCCCCAAGCCAAAGCCUCAGGAGCCCCAGAAUUUCCAUGCCCUCCUGCAACGACACCUCAUCCUCGAGGUCCGCCAGGAGGUCCACUCCUUCUAUGGCCACCUCGACACCGCAGAAGCAAAGUACCCAGGUCUUGAUUACACCAACCCCACCCACCGCACUCGGCUGAGCAGGUGGCAGUGGCACCGGAGGAUGUUCCGCGCCUUUGAUGCCUUACGCCUCACCCCCAGCGAGAUUGCCGGCUUGACGAAAUGGGAGGGCACCAGAUGGGCAAAGAUCCGGUACGAGCGGGAACAGGGCACCACCAUCCGCGACACAGCAGCCGACGGCAUGCCCCACUGGCUCGAUCGCCAGGUCCGCGCCAUCACCUCCGGCUCGCCCGGCGGCCCGGACACCGAGGACGAUGAUGACGCCAUGGCCGAGGCCGAGGCCGAGGACAGUGAUGGCGAGUUGGAGAGCGUCGGCAUUGCCUUGAAUGAGCAGCUCCGCCAGCGGGUAGCCGCCAGGAACGCGGGGGAUCUGUCCUUGCCGGUGGACGAGGCUUGGGAACAGUGGUUCAAGAACGCUGUGGAGACGGGCGACAUCUCCCACAUGCGAGAAAGAAUCACCCAUGUCUCGCCCCAGGACCUGUUCCCCCCACGAUUUAUCGACGCCGCAAGAACUGGGAACUGGCACGACAUCCCUGAAUUCCUGCGGGAUCUCAUCAGGGAUGGUCUGCGUGCAGAAGAUAACCGCCUCCAAGGUCGCUCGGCAGUUGCGUCAUCCGCUGCCUCGAGCUCGAGCGUCCUCAGCCUCCUGUCUGCGCCUCACACCACCCGGAGCUCAACCACCCGGAGCCCAACCACACGCAGCUCUUAUGCCAACCUACGCAUACCCGGCGCCUUCGAUAACGGUGGCACGUCGCAACGUGGCCAGGCUUAGGGAACAGAUUCGCUGCCACGGGUCAUUAUGCCCGUUCCCCCACCUCACAUACGACCACGGGACUCCCUACGUCUCCCAAGAUAUACGCUACCGUUCCUCCUCAACUCAAGGCCCUCCUCUGACCUGCGCGCCGAGCCGACAAUGGUGUUGAGAGGAGGGUUCAUCAAGCACUCGGCGGACGCCAACACACCCACCGUCCGGGUUCAUAACUCCGUUGACAGCUCCGCUCCUUGUGCGGUCGGACACCUUGUUCCAUAUCUGGGCUGCGGCCAUGUCUUGAGCCGCGCCCAGUCCAACACACCCUGCUGACGGAAGCUUGACCUGGUCAAGCCCUCGCAGUACAACAGCCACAUGCGACUCGAUAGUUGAACGGGCUCACCGGAGCGAUGCAGCUCGUACCGGGGCCCCCAUUUCAGAAAUACCAGAAAUACGGCCAGCGAAACCCAAACGUCGGUUGUCGCAGGCUGGCUAGGCAGAUUGCCUGUUGCGUUAGACCCAAACAUGUCCUGAUGAUAAUGCAACCAACGCAGAACCAAGUCGAGGUUUUGAGAACAUCUCGAUCCCACAGAAACAAAGUUGUGCAUCGGGGUUUCCUGCCAGGCAGCGUCUCUCCAGCAUCGGUUCUGAGGAUGAAGUAGCUUCAGCGAGGUAUCUUAUAUCUUAGCAGCGGAAAGAAAAGUUUGCAAUAAAGAAGGUGCACACAUCACACAACUCCACCGUGGCCUUCCAGGUUGCCCUGGAGCACGCCAGCUGGUAGUGACCCAAAUGACUGACUGGGAUCACCUCGCCGCAGCCUUCUUCCAGCGACGAGUUUAUCUUUCACGUCAGACUUCUCGUAGAUGUUCUCACCAGCAGAGAUGAUUUCCGCUCAGCCGUACGCCUCUCAUUGAGCUUAUGAUUUGUCAUUUCAAAGAUAUUGGGCCACUACCCGCCCUUGCUGUUGGUUUUCCGUCGAGAAGGGUUGACGCUGUUGCCAUAUGCUUCCCGAGGGCAAUCAUAGUAAAUGGAGCUCAGCUUAUGAUGGUGGAAGAAGGAGCCGCCUGAUCGAGCUGAGAAAGCAAGAUAGAACUCUGCGAAGUUGGGUCGACUGACCACACCUGGUUCCGCGGAUAGCAGCGUCAAUUACCUACGCUGCUUCAUGCAACAUGAUAGCGCUUCUGUGCCGCUAACGGGCAUGCGGUGUCGACUCCUGGCCUUGACUGUAUUGUCCACUUGUUCCAACAAUAGUUUGACGUGGUCGACGGUGUUUUUAGUAUGAUGUAGGAUUUAAUUUAGCAGAGCACAUCACACAGUUGAGACAGGCGAUGCCAUCGGAUCAUGGGCUGCAAACCGCUGUGCCCAAUGGCUCAUCUAAGCCCGCAUCUAUCCUACUAUCAUGAAGCGUUCAAAUUUUCCCGUCAUCGGACUCGAUGCAGUCUGUCUAUCACCCAACGCUUGCCAAGUCAAUCACAAUUAUCUGUGCCAUUCCUCAUGUUGCUAAAUCUUUAAUUGUUUCGAUAUGAGACCAGGCCUACCUGCCCCGAAACCUGAGCCCUUCGAUGAUAAUGUCAAGCGACCCAUCGCAACCUCCAGACCAGCCUGUUCCCACGGCACCAGGCCGGUCCACCGAAAGCGGGACUCAUUAGUCUCCAGCCACGGUUACUGUCGCCAUAAGAGCCGAUGCGGAGGAGGUACAAGGCCACAGAAUACUGGUGGAGGGUAGUAUCA